AUGGCUCGAAUCCAAAGCCCUCCAAUUCUCUCGCAGAUUAGAGUUGCCAGAAACUACUCGGAGCAGGCUGCCGCGCUUCGUUCCCUGAAGGAUGAUAUAGUCGGCCACGUCCAGCGGAAAGAGAGAUGGAUUGAGUGUGGAAUAUUGGAAUCGCUCGUCAAGAUAGUACAGCUCAACAGCCGAUCCCCGCCAUCGCCAAGUAGCAAAGAGUCGCGAUUGCAGUCAGGGCGAUCGGGAGGUCUUGCUGAGGAUGAGGUAGUACGGCUGUUGGCGUUGCAGCUACUCGCCAGUUUUGCAUAUGGCGGUCCCUCGUUUCUCGGCCCUUUUCACGCCACUGGAGCGGUUCCCGUGAUCCUGUCCAAUAUCUCUCCGCUGGAUAACCCUGCCCAGAUUGUGCUGACAGCCCUACGCGCCCUAAGGAACAUCACCGACUCCACACGCCUUGCGCCCUCAUGGGUGGAUGACAUCAACAGUCUCUCCGAAACCGUGUUCGCACCUCACUCCAUCGACGCCUUUCGCUCCAUCCUUACUCAGGAGUCUACAGACCCCGUGGUACAAGAACAAAAAUGCCUAGUCGCGACCCUGAUCAGCCGGCUCUGCAAGAGUCAGCAUCUUCAAAAUGCCCUAGCUGACGGCGGCAUCCUGGAUGCGCUGGCCACCAUGUUGGCCAGCUUUGUGGUCGCGAGAGGGGAAGUGGUUCCGGGGGCAGAACUUCUCGGCCAAAGCGACGGCAUGGCCGACUUGAUACCAGCCCCUGCGCCCCGCGGUGCUGACUUGGGUCUGGUUCUCGAGGCGAUAUCCGCCAUCAUCGCCGACUCUCGUUUCCGCUGCUGUUUGUUGCUUUAUUCCCCGGCUUUGAUGGCCGUUUUUCCCUCGGCAGAGUUCACCCCCCCGGCUACGGAGUCAAGAGCUGCUUGGAACGCGCUGGAGAUGAGCGGCCUCGGCAACAUUCGAAUCAAGAAUCCCGGUGCACUGGAUUAUCUGCUGCCGGUCGUGCCAGUUUCUCAAACUAGAAUCCUUUCCAGCCACUCCGCACAAUUCCCGCCUUUGGGGUUCUCCAUGUCCCGUGAGAAUUUGGUCGCGGCUGGGCGAUCAUCUACUUUUCGAUUUACGGGUUGGGACGCUUCGACUGAGGAUUUGGACGGUGAUGACCCAGAGAGCCCCUUGAUUCCAUGGCUCAUCCACCUCAUCCGGUCGACGCAUGGACUGGAGCGAGUCAUGGCUGCCUCAGUACUAGCUUCGCUGUUCAAGGCUCGUUUUACGAGUCCGGAGCGAGAGCAGGCACUCGCGGUUCUAGUGAUCCCGCUGCUUUGCCAGCUGAUGAAGGAGCAUGACAAGGAAAUCCCUAGCGCCGCCCUGCAGGCCGCCUACGUCGGACCCGAGGUUGCUUUGGAUUGGGCUAUCAUGGAACGAACACCUGAGGUCUUGGCUCGGUUAGUCCACGACAGCGAGCCUCUGCAGCAGGCUGCGCAUGAAUGCGGUGCAAUCAAGAUCGCCGCGAAGCUCUUGAAGACCGCUUUCGAACCACAGUCGGUGCAAUCCCCUCCGAGGCCGUGGUCUCCCAACCCCGACAGGGGCAGCGACGCUUCCGAUGGCUUAGCUACGUGCCGGAUUGGGCCUCCAGGACAGGUUCCAGCGUAUGCACACAAAAUUAGAAUGAGGGAAAGCGCAUUGAAGCUCAUUGCAGCAUUGGCUACCCUCAGGGAAGAAUACCGAAUGGAGCUUGCUGAUGAAGAUGUGGUACCCUACAUAGUGGAAGCGCUCUCUCCAUCGCCAGGGAAACCGAAGAACGCCAAGGAGAAACCAGCCCCUGAGAAGGGCUCUGAAGACGUAGAUAUGCCCAGCGGAACCUCACCAUAUGGACACAAUCCAAAUACUGUUAUCAUCGCAGCGUGUUAUGCUGUCAGGGCGCUGGCGAGAUCAAUCAGGAUUGUGCGGACGGUUCUCGGCGACAACAACGUUGGGAUACCGAUCAGCAAGCUGCUGAGACAUCCAGAUGCCGGCGUUCAGAUUGCUUCCUCGGCCGUUGUCAUCAACUUGGUAACCACGUUAAGCCCCAUGUAUGAGUCUUUGGUGGAAGCGGGCAUAGUCAAAACGCUCUGCAAGCUCGCGCACUCGCUAAAUCCUGGAUUGAGGCUCAAUUCGCUCUGGGCACUCAAGCAUCUGCUGCUUGGUGCGCCCAGCAACUUGAGGAAGCAGUGCCUUGAAGAGCUCGAGCCAGGUUGGCUAGUGCAACUCAUAAGCGAUGACGCGUCCGAGGACGAGUCACUGCACACGCGGCUACGGCCCGAGCGGCGGGCUCCCCCAGACGCUGAUGACGACGAGGAUAUGGAGGGCGACAACUACGAAGACGACAACGGCCGGGCCUGGGUCUGGCCGGCCAUGAGCCGCUUCGCCACGGCCAGCUCAAUGCCGCUGCGGGCGCCGUCGUCGCGGAUGCAGCAGGCGGGGUUCAAGCUCGCGGCGCUCCGCGACUCGGAGCUCAACCCGGCGCGCAAAGCCCGCAACGACAGCCUUGCCAUCCAGGAACAGGGCCUCGGUUUCAUACGCAAUUUCAUUUUCCUCUCUUCGGAGCCCGAAAGCCAAACGGAGCUGAUCGACUACCUCUUCACCGAGAUCGGGCAGGACCGGCUGUUUGGCAUACUAGCGGACAAGCUCAAGGUGCGCGUGGUGGGCGCGUUUGGGCGGCGGCACCGGCGCGGCAACCGCCACUCGCCGUCGUUGUCGUUGUCAUCGUCGGCGUCGUCGUCGAUGCGCGGCGUAGGCGUAGGUGUAGGCGAUACGGUCGUGCUCUACCCGCAGGCGCGCAUCAUCGAGAAUCUGACAUACAUCCUGGUGCACAUCGCGGCGAGCAUCCCGCGGCACCGCCACCUGGUGAUUGCGCAAACGGAGCUGCUCAAGCUGCUGGGCGGCCACUUCAACAGCAAGGACGACCACGUCCGCCGCGCCCUGUGCCACCUAUUUAUGAACCUGUCGUGCCUCGACAGCGAUGGCGACAGGCUCCCUUGCUCGCAGCGCGUCUUGGAGCUGGAGCGCCUCGGGUUCAAGGCCAAGCUCGAAAGCCUCGAGCAGGGCGACGCGCUGCUCGAUAUCCGCGAGCGCGCGAAGGCGGCCGUCUCUCAGAUGAAGGCGCCUACUGCGUGA